AUGGAUAAGUUUUUACUAUCUUCACCAGCAUUAUCUCAUAUGGAAAUCGAUAACUCAACAGCAGUGCAACGAAAUAUGGCAGGCUCACUUUACGACACUUCAGGCUUGGGAGUUGGCUUCUCGCCAGACCUGGACCACCAUAAGUCUGGGAAAUCUCAAGAGAAUUCUCCGGCAGCUUCACAUUCGUUGACCAUGAGUUCGUUUGACAACCUGCGGAAUUUGUCGUUCAUUCAAGAGACUCAGCCCAUCAAUCUCCACGACGAGGGUUUGUUCCAAGAGACCCAGUCGCUUCAGCAACAAGUAAGCCAACAGUAUCAGCAACUAAGCAACCAAUUCCAGCAAAACCAACAAAAUUUACAACAGAAUUAUCUGCAACUGCAGCAGAACCCACUGCAACGCCAGCAGCACCAGCAAAACCAACAACAACAACUUCAAGCGCAGCAGCAAUCGAACCACUUCACUCAACCUCAGUCUCAGCACCUGUCCUUUUCCCUUUCACAGACUCAAGGACAAGGGCAAGGGCAAGGACAAGGACUAGGACAGGGCGAAUACCCAUACACACAUUCCCGUUCGCACUCCCACACACUACAAACACAAAAGUCUCAACCUCAAUUACGAAAUAAAACAGUAAGGCACUCAACGUCAAUAAACACGAUAUCGUCGACCGAUUCUAUGCCACAGUUGUCGUCGUCAGUAUCUAAUCAGUCGUUAGACUCCCCAGCUUCAUUGUACUACAAUACCGUGACGCCCAGGAAGAUAGGAAGAAAGAAGUCGUUGUCUGUAAGUUCAGUAAAUUUGUAUAACACGCCUAUGAGAGGAUCAUCUGUUCCAUCGUCGUUUUCUCCCGUUGGAGGAAAUGCAGCUGCGUUGGCAGCAUCAAGCCAACUUCAAGUCAAUUCUGGAAAUGGGAACGGAAGUAGCAAGGUAGGUAAGACUCCCCAUUCAUCUAGGGGACAUACGAGAUCAAGAUCUUCCAGAUUAUCGAUAGAUGCUAUAAAUACCCCCUUCUUAAUGGCAAACAAUUCGACCACAUUGAACGGGAAUGGAGUGACAGGCGGAGCUGGUGGUACUUUUGCAAUUAAUACGAAUGCCAUCCCUUCUUAUGCGUUACAAAAUUUAUCUAUCAACGGCAACCCAUUCUAUACCCCAUCUUCGUUUGAAUCGCCAAAGUUGGAUGAUUUAUCUGGUGAUUUGGAAAACCUAGACACCCCUUUGGCUACUCCAAGCGGAAGUUUUGUAAAUCUUCAAAAUCAUAAUCAGAACAGCUUCUUAAGUCCAGCAGCUGCAGCCAAGUCGUGGAAUGCGACGUCUGCGAGUACCAAUACCUUACCGGGCCAACAACAGCAACAGCAACAACACCAGCAACAGCAACAAAUUCCUCAGCAAAAUCAAUACCUGACAUCUUCUACCUACCAAUAUAACGCACCUAUAAACCCAAACGAGGGGUAUAUAACACCGUUGGCCUUACAGAGAAAUGAUACACUAGAUAGCAUUAAAAUCGAAGAUCAAGAUGAUGAUGCUUUAAAAGAGAUCAGAAAGGCCAAGCACCAAAUAAUGAAUUCACGCAAAACUACAAACAUAAACAGCAAUGGCAUACAGGAUAAUUCCACAGGAUUUGAUGAUGAUUUAUUUUUCAAUUCUACUGAUUUUGGAACUAUGAAGUUUGAUAAUGAGUUCCAAGUACAACAGAAUCCAAAUGAAAAUACAAUGGGAGGUUCUGGAGGCAGUAAUCUAAUAUCUUCGCAUUCAACACCUGGGGGAAUAGUAGUAUCAAGUAACUCUCCACCCCAGAAUUCUUUUAAUUCAUCUACACAGACACUUUCUCAAAGUGCAAUGUUUCCUGGAUCUGUGCAGAACACCAAUAGCGAUUUCUACGUAUUACUGCCUCAAUUUGUGGAGCCACUGAAUCAACAGCAACAAGCGCAACAUGCACAAAAGUAUCAGCAAAACUUCCCUGUUGACCUUCAAAAUGAUCCACCAUUUAGAAUAGAUUUGGAUCUGAUUGCAUCAGUGCAAUCAAUGUAUAAUAAUAAACCCAGCAGUACGCCAGGCAGCGGAUACGUUGUUCAAUCGUCUGGAGGAUCCAAUACCCCCUCGUCAUCUUCCAGUGGGACAUUAUUACCGCCCAUGGCUACAUUUAAUACAUCGAAGCUCUCUACUUCAAAGAAAUCAGGACCGGGAAAUAUACUCAGUGACAACAAACUUCAAAAUUCUACAGCAAUACAGACGAAAAUUGAGACUAAAACUGAUACUCCAAUUGAUCCAAAGAAGAAGCACCCAUGCCCACUUUGUGAUUCGAGGUUCCAGAGACCCGAGCAUGUUAAGCGUCAUUUGAAGAGUCAUUCUAAGGAGAAGCCGUAUGAGUGUGAUGAACCUGAUUGCGGUAAGAGAUUCAACAGGAAGGAUAACUUAAAAGCGCAUUUAAAGAAGAUUCACCAAAGGUUAUAA